AUGUCUAAAACGAAGCACAUCGUCUUCGAUAUAGUCGGCACGCUUGUGUCGCAUGAGCACUUCUACGCCGUCAUCGACCAACGCCUUGGUCCUAAACUCAAGACCCACAAUAUCUCCGCACGUCUUCUCGGUUACGCAUGGCUCGAAACCGCGGAGCGUGAGUACACUUACCUCUCGCUUUCGGGCUCUUACGUUCCCUUUGCAAAGGUCUUCGAGUCCAUCUUCUUUCGCGUCUUGCAUUUCGCUGGCGUAGCGGAACCGCGUAGUGUGGCGAGUGAGGAGGAUGUGAAGUACUUUAUGCAAGAGUACAAGAAAUGUGAAGUUCGGCCUGGUGCGAAGGAAUGUGUGGAUAAAAUAAAGGAGGCCGGCUGGACGGUCUGGGCGUUCACUAGCGGGGAUCGGGAAAGAGUGCUGGGAUACUUUGAGAAGGGCAGCAUCAACAUCGACGGCGAUCAUGUCGUUACAUGUGACGAGAUCGGCGUAGGGAAACCAGAAAUACAGGCAUAUGAGAAGCUGAGAGGAAAGAUUGGCGUUGGCGAUGCAGCUGGUGAGCUGUGGUUUGCCGCUGCACAUGGCUGGGAUGUCAGUGCAGCAGGGAGGGCUGGAUUCAAGACGGCGUAUUGCUUAGUGUUAGAGAAAGAGGCACUAGAUGAUGUCUUUGGGAAGAUGGACGUCGUUGCUGAUACUUUGCCCGAGCUUGCAGAGAAGGUAGCUUCACAGUAA